AUGACCAAGGUUAACAAGAUGGUCGCGUCCUCGCGCCGCAAGUCCCGCGCUGCCCACUUCGGUGCCCCCUCCAGCACUCGUCGUGUCAUCAUGAGCGCGCCCCUCUCCAAGGAGCUCCGCGAGAAGUACAACGUCCGCUCCAUCCCUGUCCGCAAGGACGACGAGGUCACCAUCGUCCGUGGCGCCAACAAGGGCCGCGAGGGCAAGGUCACCUCCGUCUACCGCCUCAAGUACGUCAUCCACGUCGAGCGCGUCACCCGCGAGAAGACCAACGGCCAGUCCGUUCCUCUGGGCAUCCACCCCUCCAACGUCGUCAUCACCAAGCUCAAGAUCGACAAGGACCGCGAGUCCAUCCUUGAGCGCAUCAAGGUCGGCCGUGAGCUCCGCGUCAAGAGCAAGGCCACCGCCUAA